UUAGAUUUGAUUAUUUAUAUUCUUAAAAUUUUAAUUGUCAUAGAAAAAUUUGACUUUUAAGACAUAAAUAUCUAAUAUAUAACUGAUUUAAAAAUCACCCAAUGUAUUUAUAAGAUUUAUCCAUUCCGUAUAAUUUGCAGUAUAAAUAUAACCCAUUUAAUUGAUAUAGUGAUUACAAUACAAAUUACAAUAUGAUCGACUUUAAAACUAAAAUUAGUUCAUUCUUUAUAUUUAAUUCCAGUUUAGGCCCAAAAGAAGGCGAGGAAUUGAAAAGAAUUUUAUUUUUUCAUCCAAACCAAGUGACUACUGAUGCCCGUAAAAUGCAAGUUGGAUUAUGUGAAGCUGUUGUUAAGUUUAUGUCUACAUUCUCAUCAGAACCCUGUGAUGCUCUCCAGACACAAACAAACCGGUACAUAUUCUAUCAACCUGAGAAGAACUUUUGGAUGGUUUUGGUCGUCAGAAUACCAUAUACAACAAAGGCAUUGUCAGCUAUUGGUGAGAGUAGAGGUGAAGUGAUAGAACCAACUAUAAUGUAUGACUUGCUUGUGUCGGCUUAUAAAAUGUUUAGAAUGUUUAUGGGUCCAUUCCAAAAUAUUCCAAUUGAAGACAUAUAUACCACAUGUGAAGAAUUUUUUACUCCUUAUAUAUUAUCAAAAAACAUUACAAACGAUAUAUCCGAUGUGAUUCAAGGUAUACAUUACUUGCCACUAGACAAAAAUUCCUUUUUCAAAGUAAUUUGCUUCAUAGACCUACUGGAAAUUAAUUAUCCUGAUUUCAAAUGUAUUUCUUUCGUCUACAAUGAUCAGCUCAUUUGGAAUGCAUUAUCAAAAAAUGACAUGCUCACCCUAUACCAAUAUUUAGUACAAAAAUUGUUACCCACACAAGUGGCAAAAGAGAUACAAGGCGAUGCAGUGGCCGCUGCACAAAGACAUGGUCGAUUUAUAAGUCCACCUGAAGGUAUUAGAAAUAAAGAAGACUUACAAAAAUUGGUAAAGGUAUACCUCAUGUGCGAGGAUGAUACUGAAACAAAACAGUAUUAUCUAAUCGUUUACAGAACUUUAAGUGCAACUGUAUGCUUUAUUGUUGAUGUAAACACAAAUCUACAAAUAGAAACAUUCAGAUCACUGGAUGCGUUUAUCGGCCCACAACUAUCCACUAUAGCUUCUACAAUUAGUGAGCAAUGUACAAUACAAGCAUUACAAAACGCUCAAAUAACAAGUGACACCAAAUUUGUCUAUUUCAAUAGACUUAAUUUAGCAUUCAAAAGUUCAGUAAAUCGUCCCAUAAAUAAAUUAAUUCCAUCAACAACUUUAAAACCUGAAGUACUAAGUAUAAUAGCUGGGAUGCACUCUGAUAAAAAAAGUUUGGGAAAUUAUGGAGAGAUAAUUGUAAAAAUACCUGAUGAAUACUGGAUUACAGGAAAGACAUCAAAUGAAAGAGAGUUUUAUGUUAUAAUUCAAGAAAAAAAUGCAACAUUAAAAGAAAUAUCAGAUGAAGUAAAAAGGAUUUGUGAAGCACAAAUGAAAGGCGUAUUUUUUUAUCCUAUAUAAACAAUAUUAUUAGCAUCCUUACACAUAAAUGAAAAAACUAUAUUAUAAAAUAAACUUUUAAAUAAAACCAUUUGUUUUAU